AUGCUUCUAUUUUUCAAUAAUUUCUCUGACACAGUGGCAGCCCCAGACUUAUUGGACCCCAAAUCCGCCACUCACAACACGAAGCCCCGCCUCUCCUUCUCCACUAAGCCAAUCACACUGAGUCCUCGGGAGGAAAGUGAGGUGGUGGUGGUCACAGUGAUGAAGUGGAAAACGGUGACAGCCAUCUUCCUGUUGGUGGUUCUGUACCUGGUGAUAGGAGCAGCGGUCUUCAGGUCUCUGGAGCAGCCUCAUGAGAGUGCCCAGCGUUUGGCCAUCCUGACCCAGAAGUUGGAGUUCCUGUCCCAACACGCCUGUGUCAACCAGAGCCAGCUGGAGGAGCUCGUCAAGCAAGUUGUGUCUGCUAUCCGAUCAGGGGUGAACCCUGCAGAAUCCCUGAACAACCACAGCAGCCUGUGGGACCUGAGUUCUGCCUUCUUCUUCGCUGGGACCGUCAUCACAACCAUUGGUUUUGGCAACACUUCGCCACAUACUGAAGGCGGAAGAAUAUUCUGUAUUGUCUACGCUCUGCUGGGAAUACCCCUGUUUGGCUUCCUGUUGGCUGGUGUAGGGGAUCAGCUUGGCACCAUCUUUGGUAAAGGCAUUGCCAAAGUGGAGAAAAUGUUUAUGCAUUGGGACAUCAGUCAGACAAAGAUUCGAGUCAUUUCCACGCUGAUGUUUGUUCUCUUUGGCUGCUUGCUGUUUGUGGCGCUUCCAGCAGCCAUCUUUAAACACAUCGAGGGCUGGUCCGCGCUGGAGGCCCUGUACUUUGUCGUCAUCACCUUGACUACGAUUGGGUUUGGAGACUUUGUGGCAGGUGGCUCAGACGUACAGUACCUGGACUAUUACAAACCGGUGGUUUGGUUCUGGAUUCUGGUGGGACUGGCCUACUUUGCAGCCAUCCUCAGCAUGAUAGGAGACUGGCUCAGAGUUAUCUCCAGAAGGACAAAAGAAGAGGUAGGAGAGAUCCGAGCGCACGCAGCAGAGUGGACAGCUAAUGUUUCUGCAGAAUUUAAAGAAACUCGCCGCCGUGUCAGCGUUGAGAUCUACGAUCGAUUCCAGCGAGCCGCUUCGAUUAAACGCAAACUGUCCUCAGAGCUGGGAUUCAGCUCAGCACCUGAACUCACGCUGCCUAAGAGGACCAUGUCAGCCAAUUUCACUGACGAACGGGAGAAAAAGGAGAGCGGGCUGCAGGACUUGACCACACCACUGGUCAGAAACGGAGGGUUGCUCAUGAACGGGCUGGACUCUGAAAGAGGGAACCUCUGA